GUAACUUCAAGAAGCAGUGUUCAUCUUUGAUUUUCUUAACUGUCUUUUCCAGGAAUUUUGAUUACACUUAUGACAUGUACAGAAAAGUAACAACCCCAGAAAGGUGUUCUGUAGGUGUAAGCCAUUUCAAAUAACUCUUUCUUUUGGUAUCAGCAUUUUCUCUCCAAACCUGACUCUCAUGUGCCAACCAACCGGCAACAAUUUCAAAGUGAUGGAAGACGUUUCCGCUACAGAACAACAUUAACUGAAGGACACAGACAACAGCAGCAACAACAGAUGCAGAGUCAACAACACCAUUGGAAUGAGACUGGUAUCUGGGGGCAGCCAGGUAGACGACAGCAGGCUCAUGUUGCAGCACAAAGAGAUAGAAAGACAGUGGGUCGUGAAAGGAGAAGCACCAGAAUUUUUCCGUUCCAAUCCUGCUUGCACCCACCGACUGAUUCCAUGGCUUACAAGAGAUUUAAGGGCGUUGUUGAAUGACGUGGAGAGUCAUGUCAGUUUUGUUCUUCAGAUUAUUUUGUCUCUGAUCAACAAGGUUGAGCUUAGUUCUGAAGAGUUUUCUCGCCAGCUGCAGCCUUUCCUAUUUGACAAAACAGAUCAUUUUAUCCACGAGUUUAUAGGCUUUGCUCGUUCGCCAUUUGAUAUGACUGCUUAUGAUGAGCGUGCGCAGUACAGCUGGCCAAGUGAGUCAGAGCAGGAACCCAGAGAUACGCCGACUGUGUUUCACAGUCAAACUUCAGGCUGGCAUACACCUGUCCCAGGCCCCUCUGGCGAAACUCUGUGGCAAACAGACUGGAAUAGAGAUUCUCCGGCGCGGCAAACUGUAAACAACAGGUGGUCUCCAAGCUCAUCACCAGGCACAUCCGGACUAAAUGGUCGAGCUGGUUUGGAAAGGACUGUGAUCAUCUCUUCAUCGAACUCAUCAGUUAGUCCGCAAACAACUCUAGUAGACAUUGAACCCACGACAAAUUAUCAAGCGUCUAAUGCGUCAUCCGACUCUAUAGGGCGUAGUAACAGAAAGAGGUCUUCCAAGGAAACUGUUGGAGAGAAGACACAAGUGGAAACGGAGAACAAGCAUCAAUACCAUCACUAUCAUCGUAAUUCACACAAACACAAACAUAAAAGGAAAGAGUCUAAAAGAUCGAGCGAGAAACGAGACAGAGGCAAACUUUGUGGAGAUACUAAUCAUGUUGAUAAUGGUUUAGGCCCGUCUUGUUCUACAAAUCUUUCUAUUGUUUCUUCAGAAUUUUGUUCAUCUCCACAGGAGUUUAUUGUAAUCAGUAGUGAUACCUCUACCUCUCCGGUAUCUUCCACUGUUCGGCCAGGACCUUCGUGCAACGAUGCAACGCAAUUUCAACGAAGGAAGGAAGGGUCUGGAUCGCGGUCAAAAUCUGGAUUACGACUGCUGUCUAAAGGAAGGGGAGUUUUUCAAGAAGACAAACGUUCGCGAAGUCACUCUGUUAAUGCUAAAACGCGCUCAAGGGAUCAUUCACUUUCGGUUGAAGAGCGUGCGAUUGAAGAACAUCGUCGAUGGCGAUCAAACUCUAGGGAAAGACGGUUGAGAGAUGAUAGUCAACGUUUAUCUCCGUCAAGAAAAUCUGGUAAGCACAGUCAAGAAAAGAUAGGAAAGUCCUCUUUAAGUCCAUCCCAGACUCACUGCAAACGUAAAACGCGCGGCGAGAAAAUUGACAGUAGACGAACAAAGGAGUAUGGUCGAUCUCGUUCAAGAUCGGGGUCUUACUCUCGAAACUCCAGAUCACGACACUCACGAUCACAGAAAUCACGGACAAGGGACUCACGAUCACGCAGAUCACGAUCAAGAUCGCGAGGUUCGCAGUCACAUAAAUCCCGAUCAUCGCGAAAUUCACAUUCCCGGUCACGAGACUCUCGAAACUUACGGUCUAAUUCACAAUCAAGAUACUUCUCACGAGCUUGCACGCCUCUGUCAUCGCGAACGCACCAUAGCGUUUCCCCUUCUUGCAGUUCUUCUAUAUCAACAGCGAACUCUGAAUCCAAAGUAAGGGAGUCAGUGUCGCACAGUAAUGACGCUAUUAAGAGGGAAAUUGAAGAUUUGGAAAGUCGCAUAGUGGCUGACAAGAAGCGGCUUCUAAGGCUUUUAAUGAAAAAGGAACAGGCAGAAACCGCUUAAUUAUGACAACAAACUAAAGAUUAGUGAUAAAUUGUAGCGAACUGUUGGUUUAUCAAGUUAUCUUUAAAUUUGUUAUUGCAUACCGAGACGAAAUUCAUGUAAUUAUGGAAUAGUAAAAAAGUUAUUUUUAUAUAUAUGUCAAUCAGGCAUUCUGGAGAAUUGCAAAAUUUAAUUUUUGUGCAAAACCAAUUUGGUAUCAGGGAUCUUUGGCGAGAAUUGAAGCUUUUACCAUCUUCCCCUAUGACACAUGAAAUGAAGUUCAGAUCAGAAUAGCUUAUCCCGAAUUUAUUAGUAAUAGAGUGACCGAGAAGGCAUUUCUAUUUUCAACAUAAGUACAUUUUCCACUAGAAAUCUGAUAAGGAGGAAGGAAAAUUCCUUAGAUUCGUUCUUUCAUGUAAAAACAAGUUGUUAGAGUCAAAAUGGUAAGAGUUUUAGUAGAGAGUAAAAAAGAAGGGAUAACUGA